UUUAGUUUGUUCAGGCUGACCGUCGGUCACACGCACAACCAUCGCGAUGUCGCUGCGUACAUCGUGUCGAUACUCGACGUCCCUGUCCGUCGAGGAGGUGGAGGAUCUCUUCAUCGGCACCGACGAGCAGCCGAGCAUCGUCUCGACGAUAUCGCGCCGGCAGGUGCUUGUCGUCGCCAUGUUGUCGACCGUCAACUUCUGCAGCUCGGUGUUCUACUCGCUGAUCGCGCCCUUCUACCCGAAGGAGGCUGCUAAGAAAGGUGUGUCCCCAGUAAUGAUUGGAUUUAUAUUUGGAAUACUAGAAUUGACAAUAGCGCUGUCAUCGCCUUUCUUUGGCAGAUUUAUGACACGGCUUGGAUCAAGAUUUACAUUUCUUGCUGGCAUGUUUACUGUUGGGACGGCAUGUUGCUUGUUUGGUUUCGUAGACAUGGUGCCAGACGGUGUGGAUUUUGUGUCAUUGAGCAUAGCUAUACGAGUGGUAGAGGGACUAGGAGCAGGCGCCUACAUCACUGCUUCCUUCGCCAUCAUUGCCAACGAGUUUCCUGAGAGGGUUGCUACAAUGUUCGGUGUUCUGGAGACAUUCAACGGUCUCGGUCUCAUGUUGGGUCCAGUUGUUGGCGGUGCGCUCUACUAUGUUGGAGGAUUCGGUCUGCCCUUCUACGUCCUUGGUGGCUUCAUCCUUGUCGCGUUCGUGUGUGCUUAUUUCAUUCUUCCUGAGCAGCAUGACCACAGCGUUCCGAUUACGAAGUCAUACUGGACUUUCCUCAAGGCGCCGUCGGUUGCCAUAUGCAUGAUGAUCAUCGCCAUGGGAUCCAUGUCGAUGGGCUUCCUCCAGCCGACCCUCGAACCUCACCUGGAACUCUUCAACUUAAAUCCAUUUGUGAUUGGCCUGCUGUUCCUGCUAAUGUCAGGCGCGUAUGCCUUCUCUGCUCCUCUGUGGGGAUAUAUUGGGGACAAAAUUGGUUACCCGUUGCAAAUGAUGAUUGCAGGAUGUGUGUUUACAGCACUCGCCUUCCUCUUCGUAGGGCCAUCUCCAAUUUUUAAAUUUCAUGUGCAGUUGUGGGUAGUGAUUAUUGCUCUGGUGCUGCUAGGAAUAGGCACUGCUGCACAAAUGGUGUCUCCAUUCAAGUUUUGCCUGCAUCAGAUCAUAAAUAAUGGCUUUCCGGACAACUUUGAGACAUACGGAUUGCUAUCCGGCAUGUACAGCACCUGCUUCUCAUUAGGGGCUGCCAUUGGACCGACGGUGGCAGGAGCUCUGGUCGAUUACAUUGGGUUUCCCUGGGGAACAUCACUCUUCUCUGCAUUCAACAUUCUACUGGCGGUUGUGUUGCUUUUCUACAUCUGCUACUUUAACAACUGGUGUUGCCAUGGCGUUGGAGAAACGGAGGUGAAAUAUGACCGAAUUAGUUCGACUGAUAAUGGUUAUGGAUCAGUUGAUCAUUCAGCCCAAUCGAUAGCCGGAUAUGCUUAGCACAGCUGAGUCUUCCCCCAUUGGUACAUUGCCAGUUACCUGUACAAUCUCAUACCCAUCAAGAACUAGGUUACAUUUUUCUUAAAAAACGGGUUGACAUUGUUAUAUUUUGUUGCUGAUUUCCGGUGAAAAAUGCGGGUUAUCUAAAUCUUUAUGCAUUCCUUUAUAUGUCUAUGUAAUUUUAUUUCUUGAUAUACACAGUGAAAAGGUAAAUUAAAGUGUUAACUAAUAUAAUAGUCGAAUGAGUGGUGAUGUUUUCAACAGAUGUUUGAUAUAUUCAACCGUGGAAUAGGGUUCCCCAUUAAAAAUGCUAUUCCUUAUAUGUGAUGUUAUGCCAGGCAGAGUGUAAAAUACACAUUCUCGUUUGUAUUCUGUGACAAUCCCAAAUUUUAGAAUUGAUGCCCAUGUGAAAGUUCGGUGCAGAUGUAGUGUGUAGGGAUAUAAAACGGUGUUGACAUGUUAAGUAUUGGCUAAUGCUUAUACUGCGUAUAACCAGUAUUGUUAUUGACAUGAGCCUAUGUAUGUAUAUUGUAUACAUUUGUUUCUAAUAGUGAUUACAACAUGGCAAUAGAUUUGCAUAGCUAGCUUAAGUAGUAGUAAUUUUUACUGUAAAUACAUAUUGUUUAUCGUGCAAAAUAAUUACUGCAUUUAUGUGAUAUAUUCACAUUAAUGUGUCAUUUAUAGCAAAUAUCCACCUAAGAUGAUAUUAUAUUGGUGCAUGCUGUGUUGUUGUACUGGUCACGUAGUUGAGUCUGCCUGUAGUAGCUAUUUAGCCCCGUGAAGCUAUCUAGGUAGAUAAAUUGGAGGAAAUGCCAUAUGUUACUUGCCUCGAAUCGGAAGAAAAUUCUAUUAAUUUUUGUUGGUUCUCUGUGUUCUGAACGCUUAAUAAGAUUGCCAGCAAAAAUCAACAGUUAUUAUUUUUAUAACUAAUGAUAAUUAUAAAUAAUAUUAUUAGUAUAAUAAAUAAUAAUAUAAUAUUAUAAUAACUAGUGAUAAUCAAACUAAUGUUCUCGUUACGUGUAGAUUUCAUCAUCAGCUGACGACUGUGUUAUAUAAUGAACACAUAAACUGAACAUGGAACUCUAUAUGUGUUCAUGGUUGUAUCAUGGACAUGUCUAAAUUAUAUAUAUAUAUACACAUGUCCGUGUGUGCGUGCACGCCUGCGCGCGUGCAUGCUUGCUUGUGUUUGUGGUUGUAUGUAUAUCGUACAGUUAGAAAGAGAUGUAGCCUUCUCAUAGAAAUAAUAUAGGUAGACUAGGUGUCUCUAUAUAUGUCUAUGAUCCCACCCGUGUUAUGUUUUAUGGAGAACCGAGCAUGCACCAUUUCAUCAGUCCAGCCAACGCGGUGCUGAUGAACACAAUGUGAGAUAAUGCCUGGCUUUUUGCGGUGGUAGUUGGACACACAGACGUUGAUUUUUAAAAGUCAUGUUAAAAAAUUCCAUUGGAGCAACAUGGUGAGGGUGUACAGAUGUAGUCAUAAUAAUGUCCCUUCGGGUGGCAUUAUAUCAUAGAUAUAGAGCUCACAUCAUGAACUAUUAGCAUGAUACACGCAUAGCUUACACGUAUUAUCAGGAGUGUCAUGAUAUAGACACUAUCUAGUGACUAGGUAAUCUAUAUUAUCAGGAGUGUAUAAUAAUAUCUAUUAUUAUACACUACUGAUAUUAGGACACUACUGAUAUUAUAAACAUACUUAUAGCAUGAACAUAUCUAUACAGUACUAUAUAGUUUAUAUAGAAGUGUGCGUGCUUCUGUGCAUAUACGUGUGUUCAUGCUAUUAGUUUGUGACAACCGGCCGAGAGGCCGGUCGUAAAAAACAUAAAUAGUUAUGCCAUCACAAGUUUAAAAUAUCAUGACUGUUUUAGUGUCGUGCAAAGAUUAUGUUGUUUUAGUUGAUAGUAAAUACUUGAUGAGGUUUCUGAUAACCGGGCCCUUGGUACGUACAGGCACCGGUACGUCUGUUGUUAUCAGUGCUGGUCUGUUUAAAGAAAUCUGUUAAGAUCAUAGUUCUUGGUAGAGAAAUGCGCAUAAAGGCGCAUUAUCGUCAUGUUAGGCAGUCUGCCAACGCGUGCUCGUUAUUGUUGUGAGUUUAGCACCUAAACUUCAAACAAAAUACAGUAUAUCGUUUUUUCUGGAA